GGGUGCUGGCUCCGAUCCGACCCCAAGGCAGGGACUGGCUGCCUCAGGGGCAGGCAAUGGGACCCACUGACCCCUGUCUCUCCAGUGCCCCCUGAGGUGACCGUGUUCCCCAGAGGCCCUGUGGAGCUGGACGAGCCCAACGUCCUGAUCUGCUUUGUGGACAAGUUCUUCCCGCCGGUGCUACGCCUCACGUGGCUGAAGAACGGGCAGGAGGUGACGGGGGGCGUCUCCGAGACCGACUUCUACCUGCGCCAGGACAAUUCCUUCCGCAAGUUCUCCUACCUGCCCUUCUUCCCCAGCCCGGGUGACUUCUACGACUGCCGGGUGGAGCACUGGGGGCUGCCCAAGCCGUUCACGAAGCACUGGGAAGUCCAGGUGCACACCCCUGUUCCCAAGACCACAGAGACCCUGGUGUGCGCCCUGGGCCUGGCUGUGAGCAUCAUCGCGGGCACCAUCCUCAUCAUCAAGGGCAUGAAGAUGAACGCCGCCCGCAACCCACGGGGCCCCUUGUGAGUAGCCGCUGCCCGGGGAGGACACCCACUGCACCUGCAGCCCCUGGGCCCAGACAGCACCCA